AUGUCGAGUACACAGUACACCGCCAUCGACAACGAAGCCAUCGGGCUCGACUGCUCAAUCAUUCCCACAGCCAUCGAGGGAGUGGUGACCAUCCAGACCACCGACUACUUCUACCCGCUGGUGGAGGAUCCGUACCAGCAAGGGCGGAUUGCGUGCGCUAAUGUGCUCUCGGAUCUGUUUGCCAUGGGCAUCUCCCGCUGCGACACCAUGCUGAUGAUUCUUGCCGCCUCGCUCGAGAUGCCCAAGGACCAGCGGAUGAUUGUGACGCGCGAGCUCAUCCGCGGCUUCAACGACCUCGCCACCGAGGCCGGAACGUCGGUGACGGGAGGACAGACGGUGCUCAACCCGUGGCCCAUCAUCGGCGGCGUGGCCUCGGCCGUGGUGCCGUCAGACGGCGGCUACAUCGACCCGUUCUCGCUCGUCCCAGGCGACGUCAUGGUCCUCACCAAGCCGAUCGGAACGCAGGUUGCGGUCAACGCAUACCAGUGGCUUGGCGACCACGAGGCCGGCAAGGAAGGUUCCAACUGGGACCUUAUCGCCGACGUGCUGAGCCCCGCCCAGGCUAGGGUUGCCUUUGCCCUCGCCUCGGCCUCGAUGGCGCGACUGAACAAGUCCGGCGCCGCCCUCAUGGUCAAGCACGGCGCCCACGGCGCCACCGAUGUUACCGGCUUUGGCCUCCUUGGCCACGCCCGCAACCUCGCCGAGCACCAGAAGGCUGCCGUCCACAUCUCCAUCCACACCCUCCCUGUCAUCGAGAACAUGCCGGCCGUCAAUGACAAGUUCAACUUUAAGCUCCUCGACGGCUGGUCGUCCGAGACCUCGGGUGGCCUGCUCGUCGCCCUCCCGUCGGCCGACGCCGCCGCCGCCUUUUGCGCCGACAUCGAGGCCGAGGACGGCUGGCCGGCAUGGAUUGUUGGCUCGGUCUCCGCCGGCUCGGGCUCGGCAGACAUUGUCGAGAACCCACCGUCAUUCCGGUCUAGGUCUCACCGUGCCCUCAUGCUCACCAGCAGCUACCUGCGCCCGCGACCAAGCAACCAAAUCUCACUCCUGGGAAACCUGAAACCAACAGCUUGGGCUCCGCCGCGCGCAUGUAUCCGCUCCUGA